CCUGAUGACGUGUGACGUAUGAAAGUGCGCAACGACGCAGACUGCUCACCGUUUCCCUCCUCGUAGAUACAAAGCUAUCCGGCUUUGCUGAUGUUCAGAUAAUCACAUUUUGUUGUUGAGCAGUUUGAAUUUCAGCGACUUAAGACUGUGGGAGUAACAGCUCAAAGUGCAGAUAAACACCGGCGCUAUUAAAGGACAGACUCGGUUCCUAAGUGGUUUAAACCCACCGAACUAGUGGACCCGGUACGUCCACUACUUCUACAAAGUAAGUGUGAUAAAGGUGUGACACAGCCGGCUAGCUGCACGUGGAAUGACAGUCUGCUAGUGUUGUCCCCUGCAGUUACUUUACGUCACACAGUCACAGGCCUUGUUUGUCUGCCAACAGAAGACCUAUGCAGCCCUGCUAGCCCACAAUGUUCAACAAGUCAUUUGGUACUCCCUUCGGUGGAGGGACAGGAGGGUUUGGCGCCGCGUCAACCUUUGGACAGCAGAACACAGGUUUUGGGACAACAGGAGGCUUUGGAACUUCCACAUUUGGGGCGGCCCCCAACACUGGAGGACUGUUUGGCUCUACACAGAAUAAACCUGGUGGACUGUUUGGCUCCAAUACGUUUAGUCAGCCAGCUGCUGCUUCCUCCUCAAGCACCGGCUUUGGUUUUGGGGCUGCGAACAGCACUUCUACCAGCUUGUUUGGCAACUCUGGCACAGGAACCAGUGGCGGACUCUUCUCCCAGCAGAACAAUGCCUUUGGUGCCAACAAACCCACAUCUUUUGGCAGCUUUGGUACGAGCACCAGUAGUGGUGGCUUGUUUGGCUCAACAAACACCACCUCAAACCCUUUUGGUGCAACAACAUCUCUGUUUGGAGGCGCUGGGUUCUCCACCACACAGCAGCCAGGAACUACUGUAAAGUUUAACCCUCCAACAGGAAAUGAUACCAUGGUGAAAGCUGGCGUGACCACAAGCAUCAACACCAAACAUCAGUGCAUCACAGCCAUGAAGGAGUAUGAGAACAAAUCACUGGAGGAACUGAGGCUUGAGGACUACCAGGCAGGCAGGAAAGGCCCAACCAACCCGAUGGCUGCAGGGGCAGGGGGUUUGUUUGGAUCAACCACAGCCACAUCCAGCGCCACCACUGGCCUGUUCGGCUCCUCUGCCCCCAAUGCCAGCUUCUCGUUUGGACAGGCAAAGAGUUCCUUCGGACCAGCAGCUACUAGUGGUUUCGGUGCUACCACAGGAGGCCUGUUUGGUCAAGCGAACCAGCCACAAGCCAGCAGCCUCUUCAAGCCUUUCGGCCAGACAACCACCACGCAGAGCACUGGCUUCUCCUUUGGGAACACUAACACUAUGGGGCAGGCCAGCACCAGCAGCAUGGGGUUGUUUGGGAACACAGCAGCGUCUCAGUCGGGUGGCUUGUUUGGCGCUUCUCAAACCAGCACUGCCACUGGCUUUGGGACAGGCCCUGGGCUGUUUGGCCAACCCAGCACCGGAUUUGGAAACGUUGGCACACAGCAAAGCUUGUUUGGGAAUAAGACGACCGGGUUUGGCACCACCACUACCAGUGCCCCGUCUUUUGGCACUGGGUUGUUUGGCAACAAGCCUGCCCUCACUCUCGGAACUGGAACAAACACCUCCACCUUUGGCUUUGGCGCAAACCCUGCAGGUGGAGGUCUCUUUGGGAACAAGCCCACCACUGGAGGGAUCGGAACUGGAUUGGGAACCAGCUUUGGAACAGCAGUGGGCACAGGACAGACCUCUCUGUUUGGUAAUAACCAGAACAAACUGGGCACCACACUGGGAACAAUGGGAACGUUUGGGACAAGUGGAUUCAACAGUGGAACAAAUACCCUGGGUUUUGGAGCUCUACAGCAGCCUGUUGCUCUCACGGAUCCGAAUGCUGCAGCAGCUCAACAAGCUGUGCUCCAGCAGCAGCUCAGCGUCCUGGCAUAUUCACCGUAUGGAGAUUCGCCACUGUUCAGAAACCCGCUGUCGGACCCCAAGAAAAAGGAAGAGCGCCUUAAACCAACCAAUCCAACUGCCCAGAAGGCUCUGACCACACCCACCCAUUACAAGCUGACACCUCGACCUGCCACCAGAGUUCGACCCAAAGCGCUGACAUCAUCUGGUUCCUCCAAGUCACAGCUGUUUGAUGGGCUGGACGAUGACGAGCCAUCGCUCACUAAUGGAGCCUUUGUACCGAGAAAGAGCAUCAAGAAACUUGUGCUGAAGAACCUGAACAGCAGUCAGUACAAUAGUCCAGGCAACAAAGAGACUGACGAGUUCACAUCAGCAUCUGAAUAUCCACCCAACGGACACAGCCUUGUGCAGCAUGAGGGGGAGAUGAGGGAACUGGCAGGUCCCAGCAGUCGAGCUGACGACGACCCUGAGGUCACCCAGUUCUACGUUAACCCCAUUGCCAAACCGAUCCCGCAGGGCCGUGCCCAGCCCAGCCUGCAGGACACCAUCACUGACCUCAACAUGCACAAAGCUGCAAGGAAUGGCCUGGAGCUAAGCAGUGAUGACGUGUCGGUGUCUUUGGGAGAAGAGUCUUUGCAGGAGGAAAAAGACGAGGACCAGCAGGAGCAGCACCCUCCUCACCCUGCAGGCAUCAUACUUAACCGUGUUGGUUAUUACACCAUCCCAUCAACGGAAGAUCUUGCAGACAUGGUAGAUGAAAAUGGAGACUGUAUUGUGGAGAACUUUACCAUUGGCAGAAAAGGCUACGGCUCCAUUUUCUUUGCUGGAGAGGUAAACGUUACAGGAUUAAACCUGGACGCGAUUGUCCACUUCAGACGCAAAGAAGUUAUUGUGUAUCCAGAUGAUAAAAACAAGCCUCCAGAGGGAGACGGGCUCAACAGGCGGGCCGAAGUAACUCUGGAUGGCGUUUGGCCAAAUGAUAAGACAACCUGCACUCAGAUCAGGAGCCCUGAACGUUUAACUGACAUGAACUACGAGGGACGUCUGGAAAAAGCGUCCCGCAAACAAGGAGCGCGUUUCUUGGAGUACAGGCCUGAGACCGGCUCCUGGGUGUUUGAGGUGGCCCAUUUCUCUAAAUAUGGCCUCCAGGACUCCGAUGAGGAGGAGGAUUUCCCACCCAAAAUGGACCCCAAGAAGCUGAAGUCAACGAUGCCUCUGCCUCCGCCUCCGUCCAGGCUGCAGCAGCAACUUCCCCCUUCACAGCAACGGGUGGUGCCACAGGCUCAGCCUUCAGCCGUCGAAGAUCACACUGGCACCAUGGUGGAGUUGGACAGCGACAUGGCCGACAUCACGCAGGCCUUGCCAACAGAGAGCAUGCUGGGAGGAGGGGAGGAAGGCGACCUCCUGGGGGGAGGCAUGGACACAGCCAGCGGGAAGCUUGGUGGUUUGAUCUCUGCAGAUCAUGAUGGCAUCUCUGCUUCAAGCCAUAUUGCGUCAACAUUAGGGAUCAACCCUCACACCCUCCAGAUCAUGAAGGCAUCGCUGUUUGCUGAAGAUGAGGAAGAAGGCGACAUGUUUCAGCAUCCGGCAAUGAUGAAGGUUUCCACUGAUUCCUCGUCUCCUCGCUUUUAUGUGCCUGGAGCUCAGGGACGCCCCUUUGGUGGUGGUCUCCUUCAGGCUCGUUUCACCUCAGGCCUUCUGUCCCAGUUGUCAGACUCUCCUCCUGCUCCCCUUCCUCUGUCUCGGACCUCUCCGGCUGUGAUCGAGCCACUACGGUCCUUACAGUGGGUAGCACCGAGCCCCUCCUCAUUCAUUGUGCCUCCUCCUGCUCCAGAGCCUUUGAUCAGGACAGUUGGAGUUCGGCGACUGGUUGGCCCCGUCCCCCUGAAAGAGUCAGUGACACUUGGGAAGGGAGGAUUGCUGAUGGACGCCGGGCUGUUUGCGGGUCGGUCCUUUCGAGUCGGGUGGGGUCCCGGCUGGACACUGGCACACUGUGGCCAACAGCUGAGCUUGUUACCAUCCAAACUUUCAAGACAAGACCUAACCUCCAAGACCGACUUCAGCUUUCUGCCAAAACCUGCCAGGAACAAACCCCUGGGAGAAAGCCCCUAUAAGGUUGUGUUGGAGAGGCUCAUCGCUCUGGAGCCUUCAAAAUCUGAGGAGGUUGAGCAGAGCCUAUCGGUGCUGCAGCGCCCCCUGGAGAUCUGCCUGAAGCACAGCAACAUCAGCACCCCUGAAGCCUCCGCCUGCCCUCUGGUCCAACCACAGCCUGGCGUGGCAGCACUGCAUGAGUAUGCAGAGUGGAUCAGUGAGCUGAAGGAGAAGCAGGUGGAUACCAACUCCCUCCUUCAUCACUGGGCCGAGGUCUGGACCCUGUGUGAGGCUCUGUGGGGUCAGUUGGGUUCUGCAGACCAGGAGUUGGAUCUGGAGCAACCCACAGACUAUGACCAGCAGUUGCAGAGGAGGCAAACGGUCUCAGGCUGGCUGUCGCAGGGUGCCGCCUCCAGGGUGGAGGAGGAGGUGUCUCUAGCAGGGAAGGGUCAAUACACGGAGGCCAUAUUCAGCUACUUGACAGGCAACCGUAUCAGUGAAGCGUGUCGCCUUGCACAAAAGGAAGGAGACCACCGCCUGUCUUUGCUGCUGUCCCAGGCCAUGGGCUCUCAGUCCUGCCGAGACCUGUUGGCCCUUCAGCUGGCAGACUGGAACCGUAUGCAGACAGACAGCUACCUGCCUGAAGAACGGCUACGCAUCUAUGCACUGCUCGCCAGGAAGCCUGUGUGGCAGUCGUCGGACACCACAGUAAACGUGUGCUCUCAGCUGGACUGGAAGCGCUGCCUGGCCAUCCAUCUCUGGUUUGUGUUGCCUCCGACAGCCUCUGUGGCUGAUGCCCUCUCCAAAUAUGAAGUCUCCUUCCAGGGCUCAGGCGAAGUGGGGAAGUAUAGUUGUGCCCCUCUGCCUCCAUACCUGGAGGCAGAGCAACCAGACCUGGAGGACAAAGAUCAACAGCCACUGUAUGACCUCUGUUUCCACCUGCUCAAACUCUACAGUGACAGACACUACAGCCUGCAGCAUCUGUUGGACCCACUGACGGUCACGUGGGAGCGUUUGGAUCACCGUCUGAGCUGGCACCUGUGGAGCGUCCUGCAGGCUCUGCAUUACACCCACCUCAGCAUCUCCCGGCAGGGUCUCCUCCACGCCAGCUAUGCCGCACAGCUGGAGAGUGCUGGCCUGUGGCACAUGGCUGUCUUCAUCUUGCUGCACAUCCCUGACCAUGCCCAGCGGGAGCGAGCAGUGAAGGAGUUGCUCACCCUACACUGCCCCCUGCAGGAGGAAGAGGAGACUGUUCAGAGAGAGCGCUUCCUCACAGAGAGGCUGCUGAUCCCAGAGCAGUGGAUCAAUGAGGCUAAGGCCACGCGAGCCCGCAGAGAUGGAAACAAACAGCAGGAGGCACUGCACCUGUACCGGGCCCGAUACUGGAACCAGUGUCACCGCCUGCUGAUCCAGCACCUGGCCUCUGACUGCAUCAUCAACGACAACCAUGACUACCUGCUGGAGUUCCUGCAGGGGCUGGCAGUCCCUGAACACAGCACCACCAUCCAGGACUGGGACACGGCAGGGAGGGUGUACCUAGACUACAUCCGAGUCAUAAAGACGCUGCAGGAAAUCCAGCAGAUGGAAAACGCUGGCUACCAGCUGGAGCGUCUCUACACCGACGUCACAUCUCUCUGCAGCAGAAUCGAGCUGCUGCCCUGCAGCACAGCCAAGGACCGACUCGCCCAGUCAGAGAUGGCGAAGCGCAUUUCAAACAUCCUGCGGGUGGUGCUCAGCCUGCAGCAGGGCGAGGCAGCAUCCCACUCCCUCGGCAUCCCGCUGGCACAGCUGGCCUCGCACAUCACCCGCCUGCCGAUGCCAGAGGACUACACGCUGGAGGAGCUGCGAGGCCUCACGCAGUCGUACCUGCGACAGCUCAUCGCUGGACAUUGAGAGCACAGAGCAGAAACAGGCCACGUGUUGUCAGACAAAGUCCUGUUAUCCAGUUUCUAACAGAGGACGACGAUGGUCUGAGCGUCUCUGCUCCUUCAGUCGGGUUUAGAAAGGUAAAGGGACAUGUCUCUGUUUGAAAGCUCUUUAAAAAACAGACGUCAGAGCAGGACAUCUUCAUAUUUUCUUAUCUUUGCUGUUUGUUAUUUUACUGUCAGUAUAUUGUUAAUACUAGGUGUCAUCACCUGACCAGACAGUCGGUAUCUACUCAGUUGUUUUCUGUUUCGAUUGAAAAUCUUUCCAAACUCCCUUCAGUUGUCUUUAACCGGGCAUUCAGACUCAUUCACCCAACAUCAAUAAAAUCUUCUAUAAAUCAAAUUAGGCGACAUUAAAAUGUCCUUUUAAAAUGAGUCUGCUGCAAAAAUUCUGAAGGUGAAUCCUAUGUUUCUGAUUUGAUCACGAUCAUUUUGUUUCUGCUAAGCAUUGAUUUGAGGUUUUCAUCUCUAGUAAUGCCACAUACUGAAGAUUCUGUGAACGUGACGUAGCAUUAACAAAAUGUGUUCAAAUAACAUUGGCGCAAAACUAGUUAAGUGCUUAAGAUUUUAACAUGUUCUUCCUCCACAGAAAUUAGAAAUUUGUAGAUCCCUUCAGCAGCAGCUGCCAGAAAAUAAAGACUCAAUUGUAAUUGAAACAUUUUCAUUGGUUUCUGUAAACUGUAAUCGUCCGAUGGCUGAAGCCUUUUAGUCAUGUCAGCCCUAGAAAUGGACUGUGGUGGCGGGGGCAUUGUAUAGCAGCGGAACCAGCUCCUUCUGUUGCUGUUCAACUGUCUAUAUGUGAAUACAGGUUAAUGGUGUUAAUACUAAGGAGCAGCUGGUUCAACGUGCACAGACAUCUCCAAGGAGAAGUGUAAAAUGCCUCAAGGCUUAUUUUUGUAAAUUUUUCUCUUUGGUUUGAUUGUUCUUUGUGUGUCUGUGCACGUUACCAGGUAAACGUGAAGCCUUUUUCAGUUUCUUCAGUUUCUUGCUGCUUCUCUUCUCAAGUUUUACGUUUUUUUUUUUUUUUUGAGUUUGCGGUUUCUCAAAAAACAUGAUGCUUCAUAUGUCAUUUCUAUUGUUUGACUAACUCCGUGUGUGAGGAACUGUCAUGCUGAUUUGUUCAAAUAUUUUUAAUAAAGUAGAAAUAAAGUAAUUUAUUUCAUG